AUGGAUUGGGGAGGGGCUGCGGUUGUUGCGGGCAACGUCGAGGCGCGCAACCUCGCGUGCCGCUACGGCGCCGAGUUUGCCCCCCUGGUGGACCUCAACGCCAGCACAGGGUGGGACUUCAUAAACGAGGGGGGCGCCAAGAAGCCAAAGUGGGGCUUCAUCUCCACCAAGCCCGGCAGCGUCCUGCGCAUUCGCAUCAACAGCGUGCGGGAGACGGGCCCCAAGGAUGCCCGCACCAACGUGAUGAUCGCAUACCUCAAGUCCUACGAGAAGAUGGGCUCGGCGAUGUGCGUUUCUGGGUGCGAGUGCGCCCCUGACGGGCCCGUCGACGCCCUGCACGCGCUGCACCAGUCCACCAUCUUCCUCGUGCGCCUGCUGGUGACACAGUCCCCCGAGUGCAACAUCGCGGUCACCCUGCUGGAGCAGACCAACAGCACCAGCCACAAGUUCAAGAUCAGCGGCAUCAUGAUGAACGAGUACACGGGCAGUGACGUCACCACCAAAAUCCACGAGGAGAAGUGGCUGGGGGACCUGCAGGCGACGUCCGGCCGCCGCCUGCAGACGGGCCAGCCGCGUACGCGCGGCGCCAGGCGGCAGCAGCAGGGGCACCAGGCGGCGCGGCGGCGGCCGUGGUGGCGGCGGUUGCUGGCGCUGCGGUAG